GCAGCUGGCGGAACACGGCCGAUUAUCGAGAGGCCACGGUGAUGCUUGUCGGUACACUCUUGACAGCCAGCUUCUCGUGUAAUUGAAUUGUAGCGCCUGCUAGGUCCCUAUCCCAAGUCUUCCACAUCUUCAAUUGGACUACUGAACGGUUCAUGAACGCGUCCCAGUCCAUUCCUUCAAGAUGAAGACAUCGGCCGUCUUCUCUGCCGUUCUUUCGUUGCUUUCCCUAGCAUCGACAGGCUCGGCGCAUGGACAUCACCAUCACCAUCACAAGCACAGCGAUAGCGGCACCUCGAGCGCCUCUGCCCCGGCAACAUUCACGCCGCCCCAGGUCUUCAAGAAUGUCAACCUCGUCCACAUUGUGUCCCUGGAGAAGAACUACGUCAAGGAGUCCAUCAAUGUCGUAAUAGAAAACAUCGACAAGGAGGCGCAGUCCGAUUACAUUCUGCCUUUUACAAACGAGCAGUUGUCGCGUCUGGGUGGUGUGGAGGUUAGGGAUCGCAAGAAUGCCGAGUCCGGUCCAUUCGUUGUCGAGCCUGUCGAAUUCGAGUCGUCCGGUCCCAACCAGUACGUUCGGAUUCGACUGCCCACACCUCUCGCGCCGGGCGCGCAGCAGACUUUGGGCAUCACCUACUACCUCCUGAGCGCCUCAAAGCCUCUCCCAGCCUCGAUCAAGCAGGAGGAGCAACAGUUUCUCUCGUACUCCUUCUCGGCCUACUGCCCCUCGGUCUACACUACAUCCAAGCAGAAGACCGAAGUCAAGUUCGCAUCGACCAUCAUCCCCGAUUACACCAAGCUUCCUGGCAGUGGAGACGUCAAGGAGUUCCCCCAGAAGCAGGGAUCCAAGCUUGUCUAUGGUCCCUUUGACGAAAAGCCCGCCGGCGCGCUCGAGCCUGUCCAAGUUCGGUUCGAGUUCAACAAGCCCGUGAUCCACGUUUCUCACCUCGAGCGCGACAUUGAGGUCAGUCACUGGGGCGGAAAUGUGGCGUUUGAGGAGCGCUACGAUCUCGAGCACCGGGGUGCCAACCUCUCGUCCCUCUUCAACCGGGUCAAGUGGCAGCAGUCGCAAUACUACAACCCUGUCACCCAUGCGCUCAAGGAGAUGAAGUUCCCUCUGCGCGUUGGCAGCGCCGACCCCUACUACACCGAUGUUAUCGGCAACGUUUCCACGUCCCACUUCCGUAGCAACAAGAGGGAGGCUUUGCUUGAAAUCAAGCCUAGAUACCCCUUGUUUGGAGGCUGGAAGUACCCGUUCACCAUUGGCUGGAACUCGGAUGCUGCGAACUUCUUGCGCAAGACGGCGACCGGAGGCUUCGUUCUGAAUGUUCCCUUCCUUGAGGGUCCCAAGCAGCCCGAGGGUGUCGAGUACGAGCAGGUUGUGGUCCGUUUGAUCCUGCCUGAGGGAGCCGAGUACGUUAUUACUACCCCAGAACUGCCCCAACGUGUUACUGACAUUGCUUCGCACAGGAACGUAAAAUGGACCACCGGAAUCCCCAAGUCCUCGAUCUCCGAAGCGGGUGUGCAGAUUCACAAGACCUACUUGGAUACCAUCGGCCGCACAGCUCUCGUCAUCAAGGGGCGCAACUUGGUCGAUGACUUCAGAGACCGUGAUCUCACCGUCACCUAUGACUAUCCGAUGUCGGCUGUUCUGCGCAAGCCUUUGGUUGUGUUUAGCAGCUCGAUGGCCGUCUUCGUGAGCCUUUGGCUUCUCAGCCUUAUCAACCUCAAGUUCGCAACCAAGAAAUAAGUGAGGAGCAAGCGGUGUGGUUUAAUAGACAUAUGGGUUGGGUGAAAAUUUCCUAUAUAAGUGUAUCAUCGUCAUACUUACAGCGGCCAGGUAUUUAAAGGAGCAAAAGAAACGAGAUUGU